UUUUGUUUUUAACGCGAGGAUGAAGGAUCUACGCGAAGAGAUUUUGAAGUGGCUGCACGACAUCCCGGUUCUUCCAAACGGCUCUCAAAGGGUGCUCGGCGCUUACAACUGGCCCCCAAAACUCCAAAGUCUCAGCGAUGCACUUUACACCGCGACUAUAGCGGGGCUAGGCAAGAUGCUUUGAUAUAUUCGUCGUCAGGCAGUGCCGAAAGUCAUAGGCGCGGUUAUCAAAGGCUCGAGCUUCCAGCGCGAGCUCAGCGAAUGUUUUGCCAGUAUUCGGAAAUGGUGCGAACAACUAGAGCAGACCAACAUAUAAGUUGUAGUUUUGCACCGAAAUGAAAGAAACUAUAACCAGUAUCAGCUAUCAUUGAAUCAAGGAACUGAACAUUCAAUUUGCCCAUUUCAAACCAAUAUAUCCAUAUCUCUUUGUAUAGAUGUCACAGCCCGGACAA